AUGCGAGCCUUGGAGUACAGUGAAGCUCGAAAGUUCAGCAUCGUUGAGAAGAGUCUUCCGACAAUUCGCGAGCAUGAUGUUUUAAUCAAAGUAAAGGCCUCUGGAAUCUGUGGUACGGACCUUCCUAUUCACGAUGUGAAUUUGGAGCCCAGAGCCCAGUUUCUUCUUGUCCCUGGCCAUGAGACUGUCGGUGUGGUAGCAGCAUUUGGCAGAAAGGUUCUAAAUUUCAAUAUCGGAGAUCGUGUAGUGGCAGAUAACUCUGAGUUAUGCGGACAUUGUCAUUACUGCCGUCGAGGCAAGGAGCUUUUCUGCGAGAAUUUUAUCGCUCAUGGCGUUAUGGUUGAUGGAGGAUUUGCGGAGUAUGCCUCGUUCCCAGCAAACCAGCCCGCAACCUGUGCGGCCCACGGACUGGAUAAGAUUGCUCCUCAAAUGGGUUCCAGCGUGCUUUUGUUUGGCGCGGGCCCGACGGGACUUAUUCUGGCUCAGCUUCUUCGUCAAAAUGGCGGGUGUCAUACUGUCAUUGCUGCGCCAGCUGGGUUGAAGAUGGAGCUGGCCAGGUCUCUCAACGCGGCCGAUGAAUUUAUCGAGCUUCCCCGCGAUGCACAAGCAGCGGCUACUAAGAUGGAGGAACUUCGAACCAAGAACCCGUAUGGUUUCGACAUCGUCGUUGAAGCUACAGGUAAUGCGAAAAUUCUGGGAAAUGCCAUUAACUUUGUGACAAAAGGCGGUAAGUUGGUGGUAUACGGAGUUUAUGGUGAAGACGAUCGUGUUUCUCUACCACCGAACAAGAUUUUCAAAGAGGAGAUAAAUGUGAUAGGGUCAUUCAGUCAGACCUAUAAGUUUCCAGCUGCUAUUAACUACCUUGAUGGAAAGCGGGUUAAUAGUAGUGGAAAAGUGAACAAGACAUUCAAACUGGAUGAAUGGCAGGGCUUCCUUGACGCAAUAAAGAAUAAGUUGGUGAUUAAAGCCGCACUUGUGUUCGACUAG